AUGGACAUGAAAAGCUGCAAGCGGGUGAGACCAAGAAGAAGCUCACAGGCAAAGGUGAGAAUUAUGGACCUUCCCACCUGCAUCUUCGUAGAGAUAUUCAAAAGGCUACCAGUAAAAACAAUACUUAAAUGUAGGACCCUUAACAAAACUUUCUCCAAACUUCUUACCGAGCCUGAUUUUCUCAAUGCACAUCAGAAACAGAAACCCUUAGCCAUCCUGUUGGAGCCCUUAGUUCGCGUGGUGGUAACAGACAAAUAUGCCAGGCCUUUGCGUUUUCUUGAAUUCGGACAUGAGCAGGGUGAAGUCGGAUUCACGUCGGGAAAGUCUAUGCGGGCAAACACCAAACCAAUUCGAGGAAAUUUUUACGUAGUGGGAUCUUGCAACGGCCUUGUUUGUAUUGAACAUUAUUUUGGCUCUUGUCCUGAAUUUAGGAGCAAUGUGCUUAUAUGCAAUCCUAUUCUAGGAGAAUGCCAGAUUCUGCCGGAAGGAAGGAGUGUGGAUGAUGAUAUGAUUACAGGUGGUUUUGGCGUUGAUCCGUCCACUAAUCUUUACAAGGUCCUACUUGUCCAUUCAGAUAUUGGAGGUAAAAGUUAUAGUGAGAUUUUUACAGUUGGAGUUGAUGUCAAUUGGAGAAUCUUAGAGAUGGUAAAUUGCCCUUAUGUUUUGGAUCCUCAAGGCCUGCUUUUUCGAGGAGCUAUGCACUGGAUGGCUCGGGAGCGUACUUCUAACACGAGGAUAGCUGUGUUCAUAUAUGCAUUUGAUAUUGGUGAAGAAAGAUUUAGGUCAAUAUUGGCACCACCCCUUGACAUGGAAACGAAUAAGGCAAGAUCUCUCUUGGUAUUAAGAAAUUCUCUGCAUAUCAUCUUUUGCUUACCAUGA